GUUUGAUAUUCGAAGAUCUUGUCAAAUUUUGAUCAAAUUCUGAAAUUGAUGAAGAAGUUAACCUGUGAUGAUUCAAAGACACCAUGUGAUACAAGAUUGUCAACAACAAGAGUGUGUCAACUCCAGGCAUGAAAUCAGCGUAGACAAUGAUCACAAACCAUGGGCAACUUUAAAUCAAGACCAACCGUGUCUUGUGCUGAUGAGCUUAAGAAGAAGAUCAGUGAGAGUUAUUCACUUUUCCGGUCUAGAGCUAUAGAAGAUCUUCGUCCAAUUGAGAAGGAUUGGACAGAAAUUCAGCUUGUGUGUGGGAAAGGAGAAUACAAUGAAGUUGUGGAGUUGAUCACAGAGAAGAACAAGCAUGAGAAGACUGAUGGAGGCCUGACGUUACUACAUAUUGUCGGCAUUUAUGGGGGAAGUAGAACAUUGAUAAAAUUCUUGUUAGAAAAAGGACUCAAACCAGAUGUGCUUAGUAGAAGACAAUUCACAGCUCUCCACUUGGCAGCAUAUAGGGGGGAUGCGGAGUGUGUCCAGUGUCUAUUGGAAAGUCCGGACACAGACGUUAACCUGGCUGGGAACAGUGGCCUCACAGCCUUACACAUAGCUGCCAUGUGUGGAUUCCAGGAGAUUGCAGAAGUUCUCAUUGAUAAUGGGGCAAAAAUCAACAUGCAGGAUGCUGUUAACUUUACACCUCUUCAUAUAGCCUGCAACUUUGGUAAUGAUAAGGUUGUGAGUUUGUUGGUGUCCCACAGGGCUGAUGUCAAUGCAGCAGGGGGAGUAGGUGACCGCCCGCUUCACCUGGCCUGUUCCAGAGGGCACCUGCAGGUCACCAAACUCCUGGUGGAAGCCCCACAACAACCUGCUGAAGUGAAUGUGAAAGAUGAUGAAGAACACUACCCCAUCCACUUCUGCUGCAAGUCAGGCCAUUUGAAUGUGCUCAGCUAUCUCCUAGAUAAGCAGGCCCUACCACAUGUCUGUAACAUAUAUGGCGACACUCCGCUACAUCUAGCCUGCUACAGUGGUAAAGUGGAAAUUGUCAAACAUUUGAUUUCUAUGACUGGUUGUGAAAGUUUGUCCAAGGAGAACAUCUUCAGUGAGACUCCUCUACACAGUGCCUGUACCAGUGGCAGAAGUCUGGAGUUAAUCAAGUACCUUCUGGAACACCCCAAUGUUAACAUCAACUACCAAGGAAAGGACGGCCACACAGCCCUGCACAGUGCCUGCUACCACGGACACAUCCGGGUGGUGCAGUUCCUGUUGGAGUGUGGGGCAGACAUGAACUUGGUGGCCUGUGCGGAGAUGAGCGGGGGCGUGGACAAGAAGGAGGAACAGACCCCACUGAUGUGGGCUUAUGAACAAGGUCAUGAUACCAUAGUGACCCUGUUGAAGCAUCACAAGCGCCCCCAGGAUGAGUCAGCAUGUGGGGACUACUCUCAGCCUGGAGGAGAGGGGUCAUAUGUAUCUGUUCCCUCACCCCUGGGAAAACUCAAAAGCAUGACUAGAGAAAAGAUAGAUGUCUUGCAGUUGCGUUCUUCUCUCCCUCGAUAUUUCCAGCUACAAAUCACCGACUUGGAUUUUCAAGAGCCCAUCGGAAGUGGUUCCUUCGGCAAAGUGUAUAAAGGGAAAUAUCUUGGCAAAACGGUGGCCAUAAAGAGGUACCGUGCCUCCUCGUUUGGCUGUAAGUCAGACGUAGACAUGUUUUGUCGAGAAGUUGCCAUUCUCUCCAAACUCAACAGCUCAUAUGUCAUCAGCUUCGUCGGUGCUAGUCUGGAUGAUCCAAGUAAUUUUGCCAUUGUGACCCAGUUUGUAGCUGGAGGAUCACUCUUCAGUAUUCUUCAUGAGCAGAAAAGAGUCAUCGAUUUGCAGUCCAAAUUAACCGUAGCAACGGAUGUGGCUAAAGGAAUGGCUUAUUUGCAUAAUCUACCUCAGCCAAUCAUUCACCGGGAUCUAAACAGUCACAACAUCUUAUUGGAUGAGAAUGGACAUGCAGUGGUGGCUGACUUUGGAGAAUCCCGAUUUCUUCUCUCUGAAGAGGACAAUAUGACCAAGCAGCCAGGGAAUUUGCGAUGGAUGGCACCAGAGAUUUUUACCCAGUGUACAAAGUACAGCAUCAAGGCGGAUGUAUUCAGUUUCUCUCUCUGUAUAUGGGAGUUGCUGUCGGGGGAACUUCCUUUUGCACAUUUAAAACCAGCUGCAGCAGCUGCAGAGAUGGCUUACCAUACAACGCGACCCCCGAUAGCUGUUACAUUUCCCAAGCCAAUUGUAGCUUUGUUGCAAAGAUGCUGGAAUGCUAGUGCUGAUGAUCGACCAGAGUUUAAAGAAAUUGUGCCGAUUUUGGAAGAAUGUAAACAAAGCCAAGUAGCAGCUCUGCUGAACAACAGUACUGUGCCCUCAUUGAAGGAGGAAGGGGAGGGGGAGGAUGGACAGACCUCGCCCCCCAUAGCAGGCAAUGUGAUGGCACUGAGGACCCACUGGGAGCAGGAGGCUUCCAAAAACAGCAGUAGUGUGCCUAUUGAUGAGCUGAGACGAAGGCUCCAGUUUCCACAGGUUGACAAAAAUGGCUACGUAUCUGACCCGCUGAGUACUCUGGGAAUCUCUGUCACCAUAGAACAAACCAAGAAACUCCUCGAAUCAGCCAUCAAUCAGAGCCAAUCAUAAAUCAGGACUCAACCAGAACCAGUCAGAAGUUUACCUUCAGCCAAUCAGAAAUUUACCUUCAGACAAUCAGAUAUUUACCUUCAGCUUAUUAAAAGUUAGAUGGAGGAGACCGUAAGGUGUGUGACAAAGGAUGGUGCUAUUACGGGUUGAAUAAAUGGGACAUGUACUGUACAUUUUACAUGUUAUUGCAUACAUAUGUAUUUUUGUUCAUGUAUCAGUGAUUGCCAAAAAUGGGAAAAGCUGUGGCUGAGUAGGUUAAAUUCAUACACUGCAGGGAUUGAUGUUAAAUGGCCAUUAUUUACUGCAGGAUUUUUCAGCAGUUAUGCAUGUUUCUCUGUUUUUAACUCUGACAUGUUUGUCCCUUUAUCCAACAUAUCUAGUCAUUUGGGUUGAUUAUCUUUCAUUUAUAGUAAAUGGAUUUUUCUAUGGUUAUGAAUUUUUGAGUGUGUUUAAUCAACCUUUUUAGCUCACCUGAGCUGAAAGCUCAAGUCAGCUAUUCUGAUCAUAUUUUGUCUGUCGUCCGUCUGUCUGUCCAUCCUUCUGUUCGUCCGUAAACUUUUCACAUUUUCAACAUCUUCUCAAGAACUACUGGGCCAAUUUCAACCAAACUUGGCACAAAUCAUCCUUAGGCAAAGGGGAUUCAAAGUUGUGAAAAUUAAGGGUCCCACACGUUUUUAAGGGGAGAUAAUUAGAAAUUGAUGAAAAAUUUCGAGAAAUUUUCAAAAAUCUUGUUCUCCAGAACAAUAAUGCCAGGAAAGCUGAAACUUGUGUGGAAGCAUCCUCAGGUAGUGUAGAUUCAAAGUUGUGAAAUUUAUGACCCCCGGGGGUAGGGUGGGGCCACAAUGGGGGGUCGAAGUUUUACAUAGGAAUAUAUAGAGUAAAUCUUUAAAAAUCUUCUUCUCAGAAACUGAUCAGCCAGGAAAGCUGAAACUUUUGUGGAA